AGUGACCCCUUGCUGUUGCCAUUAAUGGAGUUAUUGUUCCUCUUUUGGCUGCAGCUUCCAGUGUAUCUUUCCUCCAGCUAUACGGUUGGGAAGUGCUGUGUAUCUACAUGCACUGCAUGCCAGGAUACAGAGAAGGACACCCAGCACUCCCGAGCAACCAAGUCCUGCUGAAUCUUCAGAGCAGAGGUAUCAUCCUACCCUUCAGACAUGCUCGCUCUCUUAUGGCAUCGUCCCUGCUGACCUUAAACAUGCCACUGUAGUACCUAUACUAAAAAAAACAUCCAUCGACCCGUCCACCCCCUCUAACUACUGUCCCAUAUCCCUGCUCCCUUUUUCCUCAAAGCUUCUGGAAAGACUUGUCUUUACCCGUGUGUCUCAUUUCCUCAAUUCCAACUCUCUCCUUGACCCCCUUCAAUCUGGCUUCCGCCCUCUCCACUCUACAGAGACUGCCCUUAUCAAAGUUACUAACGACCUAAUCACAGCUAAAUCCAUAGGCCACCACUCCAUACUAAUUCUUCUUGACCUCUCAGCGGCCUUUGACACCAUUGAUCAUGCUCUCUUUCUUCAAACUCUGCAAUCGCUUGGUCUCUGUGACUCUGUCCUCUCAUGGUUUUCCUCUUAUCUCUCCCAACGCUCAUUCAGUGUCUCUUUUUCUAAUGAUACCUCCUCCCCUCGCCCUGUCUCGGUUGGAGUCCCCCAAGGCUCCGUCCUUGGUCCCCUUCUAUUUUCUCUUUAUACUGCCUCUCUUGGCAAACUUAUUACCUCAUUUGGAUUCCACUACCACCUGUACGCUGAUGACACCCAGCUAUAUCUCUCCUCCCCAGACCUCUCCCCUGCUGUCCUGCAACGUGUCACUGCUUGCCUUUCUUCCAUCUCUGACUGGAUGUCCUUCCGCUUUCUGAAACUCAAUCUCUCAAAAACUGAGCUCCUUGUCUUUCCUCCUCCUAAUACUGAUCCUCCUCUUUCGCUCUCCCUUCAAGUUUGUGGUACCAACAUCAGCCCAUCCUUGCAAGCGCGCUGUCUUGGCGUCAUACUUGACUCUGGUCUCACCUUUGAGCCUCACAUCCAGCAUGUUGCCAAAUCCUGUAGAUUCCAUCUUAAAAACAUAGCCCGCAUCCGCCCCUUUCUUGCACCAGAUACUACCAAGGAGCUUGUCCAUGCUCUAAUAAUUUCCCGCAUGGAUUAUUGUAACCCUCUCCUGCUUGGUCUUCCCAAAAGCCGUACUGCACCCCUACAGUCUGUAAUGAAUGCUGCUGCUAGACUGAUUUUCCUCUCUAGUCGGUUCUCUCACACCUCACCCCUCUGCCAGUCCUUACAUUGGCUUCCUGUGUGCUAUAGGAGUCAAUUCAAGGCACUAACUCACACCUAUAAAGCACUGAACAACUCUAGCCCCUCUUAUAUCUCCUCACAGAUCCAUAGGUAUGUCCCUUCUCGGUCUCUCCGCUCUGCCCGUGACCACCUCCUGUCCGUUGUCCGCACCCGUACGGCCAACUCGCGCUUGCAGGACUUCUCGCGGGCGGCUCCCUUCCUAUGGAAUAGCCUGCCUCCCGCCAUCAGACUCUCCCCUAGUCUUGCAUCUUUUAAGAAGUGCCUUAAAACCCAUCUCUUUAGGAAAGCUUAUGGCCUCCAAGACCCCUACCUCACAUACCUGUCUCUUGCCCUCUCCUUAUUUGAUUGCAAAUUCCUGUCCUAAUGUGUUUUACACCCCACCUCCUAUAGAAUGUAAGCUCGAUUGAGCAGGGUCCUCUUCAACCUAUUGUUCCUGUAAGUUGUCUUGUAAUUGUCCUAUUUAUAGUUAAAUCCCCUCUCAUAAUAUUGUAAAGCGCUACGGAAUCUGUUGGCGCUAUAUAAAUGGCAAUAAUAAUAAUUAAGGAUACAACACUUACUGUUUGAAACUAUUGCCAUGCUGGUCCAUGGAGCGGAUGCAGCAGUCAUGCCUCUCUGACCACACCAUUUUCGCAUGAAUUUCUGAUAAUUCGCACCUUUUCACAUUCAAGGACAGGAGCAGAUCACCAAAAAAAGCUUGAGCCUAUUGCAGUGUGUGUCUUGGAGCUUCAGCUUUAACAGUCCUUGUUUUAAUGUGAUACUGUAUCCCUCUUGAUCAGGUUUACUGAGAGACAUGGCAUAUACAGUGAGGGGGAAAAAAAGUAUUUGAUCCCUGCUGAUUUUGAACAUUUGCCCACUGACAAAGAAAUGAUCAGUCUGUAAUUUUAAUGGUAGGUAAAUUUUAACAGUGAGAGACAGAAUAACAAAAAAAAAUUAAUCCAGAAAAACGCAUGUUAAGAAGGUUAUAAAUUAAUUUGCAUGUCAAUGAGUAAAUAAAGUAUUUGACCCCUUCGACUAACUUGGCGGCAAAAACCUUGUUGGCAAUCACAAAGGUCUGACGUUUCUUGUAGUUGGCCACCAAGUUUGCACACAUUUAUAUUACAUUUUUAUCCCACUCCUCUUUGCAGUUCCUCUCCAAGUCAUUAAGGUUUCGAGGCUGACGUCUGGCAACGUGAACCUUCAGUUCCCUCUACAGAUUUUCUAUGGGAUUAAGGUCUGGAGACUGGCUAGGCCACUCCGGUACCUUAAUGUGCUUCUUCUUGUGCCACUCCUUUGUUUCCCUGUCUGUGUGUUUUGGGUGAUUGUCAUGCUGGAAUGCUUAUCCAUGACCCAUUUUCAAUGCUUUGGCUGAGGGAAGGAGGUUCUCACCCAAGAUUUGACGGUACAUGGCGCCAUCCAUGUGGUGCAGUUGUCCUGUCCCAUUAGCGGAACCCCCCCCUGCCAAGCAUAAUGUUUCCAGCUCCAUGUUUGAAGGUGGGGAUGGUGUUCUUGGGAUUAAUGGUAGCAUUCCUCCUCCUCCAAACACGGUGAGUUGAGUUGAUGCCAAAGAGCUCUAUUUUGGUCUCAUCUGACCACAACACUCACCCAGUUCUCCUCUGAAUCAUUCAGGUGUUCAUUGGCAAACUUCCGACGGGCCUGUACAUGUGUUUUCUUGUGCAAGGUGACCUUCCGGGCGCUGCAGGAUUUCAGUCCUUCACGGCUUAGUGUGUUACCAAUUGUUUUCUUGGUGACUAUGGUCCCAGCUGCUUUAAGAUCAUUAACAAGAUCCUCCCGUGUAGUUCUUUACUGAUUCCUCAUGAUCAUUGAAACUCCAUGAGGUGAGAUCUUGCAUGGAGCACCAGACCGAAGAAGACUUACCGUUAUUUUGUGUUUCUUCCAUUUGUUAAUAAUAGCACCAACUGUUGUCACCUUUUCACCAAGCUGCUUGGCGAUGGUAUUGUAGCCCAUUCCAGCCUUGUGUAGGUCGACAAUCUUGUCCCUGACAUCCUUGGACAGCUCUUUGGUCUUGGCCAUGGUGGAGAGUUUGGAAUCUGAUUGCUUCUAUGGACAGGUGUCUUUUAUACAGUUAUACAGGUAACGAGCUGAGGUAAGGAACCCUCCCUUUAAGAGAGUGCUCCUAAUAUCCGCUUAUUAACUGUAUAAAAGACACCUGGCAGCCAGAAAUCUUGCUGAUUUGAUAGGGAAUCAAAUACUUAUUUCACUCAUUUACAUGCAAAUCAAUUUCUAAUGUUUUUGACAUGCAUUUUUCUGGGUUUUUGUUUUUGUUAUUAUGUCUCUCACUGUUAAAAUAAACCUACCAUUAAAAUUAUAGACUGAUCAUUUCUUUGUCAGUGGACAAACGUUCAAAAUCAUAAAAUACUUUCCCCCGUCACUGUAUGCCAUAUGCCUAAUAGAACCUAGUGUUGAUAUAGUGGAUGGAAGUUUACACUUUUCUUAAACUGAUGUAAUCACAAUUUGGACCUGCAAAUGCAAGUGACUGAAAGUCAUUGUCCUGACUUGCUAUUUUGCUUUCAAGUCCUUUGUUUUUGCUGUCAAGUCUGUGAGGUUGGACUUGCACGUGUGCGACAGGUGGCAUUCAUUUCUGGUUUAUUUUUUUUAUACUUGUAUGUUAGACUAUAGAGAAGGUAAUUUCAUUAACAAACAAGUUUCAGAUUCCACCAGUAGGUGUCACUAUACACACAGAAAAGCUUUCAUUGCAAGAUUUUCAUUCGUUUGUUGUUGUGCCUCUGUUGCUCUGGUGCUGCACUGGUGUUACUACCAACCACUUAGGAAAGGUAUUUUAGAAGGGAUCUCCCUAGCACCCUGUAACUUCAGGUUUCCUUAAUGAAAAUAAAUUAACUUAUUUUUGUAAUGAUUUUUACAUUUUGGGGUUGGAGGGAAUGGAGUGUUAUUUAAAGUGUAAUGGGUCGACAAGACUGGGUAUUAUUGAUAAUGGCCUAGAGAAUUUAUUUUAUUUUUUUCUAGACUAAAAUCUUGAAAACAAAUUCACCAAUGAAGCUUGCUUUUCACUUUAAUUAGCUAGUUUCCUAUUCUCCACCAUUCCCGGCUUGGUGAUUAAUCCCUAGGAACUUGGUUCAUAUAGAAGGAUGUAUUCACUAGUGAAUUGUUAUAUUCCUUGUCCCCUUGACCCUGGAAUGUAAAUCAUUGCAGUUUCAGUAAUCCAGCGCCGUGGAAUGUCUCCUCUCUCCCGCUUGAUCUUCCUAGUGUGACGUCAUUUUUCAUGAUGAUCUAUGGGCGCAUAGACCAUGUUCAGCAAUCUACACGAUCUGCCAAUCUAAUGCUUCUUGAGAAGAAAAAGCAUUAGGUGUGCUUGGUGGUGUCCAUGAAGACCUUUAAAAAUCAAAGGAGAAAAUGGAUCUGGUGGCUGUCUGGUUGACCGCCACUAGAAAUUUGUUUUUUGGCCCAAUGUCAAAAUUGCUUUUUCUCAGAAGCAUCAAUGAUGUACACUGUCAGAGAAGAGCCAGUACCUAUUCACCAAAACCAAAAUAUAAAGAUGUGUGCUCAGAGCAUCCCUUUUGAGGUUAAAAUCGCUAAACUGUUUGAGUCAAGCAACCCAGUCAUAAACUAGAUUCUGCUUCAAGCGAUGGUUUAAAUUAAAGUUAUUCAUUAAAGUGUGAGUAUUUGGGAAUCCAGGGUAAAUUUAAAAUCUUAAAUCAUACAUACUUGUGCACUUUCUUACAAUUUUUUUUUUUCUGUCAAACUUGCUCCCCUCAGUUCUUUCAUUGCUGCUCCCUGUUCUUGCUAUUUCUCUCACCAUUCAUUCCAAACAGUGAUCACCCCAUACUGUUGCUCUUUCUCGCACUCCUCUUUCUCACUGCUUUGGGAGGUAUAAAAUCAGGACUGGACUGAAAGCGUGCCACUGAUAAAAUACCCAGUAGCCCAGGACCUACAUGUGCCUUGUUGGCAGAUUGCCCUCACUAUUUAGAAAGGGCAACAAUGCAUGAUGACUGUUAUGUUAUUAAAAGGACACUAUAGUCACCAGAACAACUACAGCUUAAUGUAGUUCUGGUGAGUAGAGCCUCACACUUCAUACCUCCGAGGUAGAUAAAAUGAUUACCAUUCAAUUGGUUAAUGGUAACAAACCCUAGGAUGUUGGUCUACAGUAACAUCGCCAGGAUGUACUUGAAAACCAGAGUAAUCUGAAUGUACCUUUCCUGGUUAAAUACUUUGUUAUUAUUAUUAUUGAUACUUUAGAGAGAGUUCAGAGAAGGGCUACUAAACUGGUUCAUGGAUUGCGGGAUAAAACUUACCAGGAAAGGUUAAAGGAACUUAACAUGUAUAGCUUGGAGGAAAGACGAGACAGGGGGAUAUGAUAGAAACAUUUAAAUAUAUAAAGGGAAUCAACACAGUAAAGGAGGAGACUAUAUUUAAAAGAAGAAAAACUACCACAACAAGAGGACAUAGUCUUAAAUUAGAGGGACAAAGGUUUAAAAAUAAUAUCAGGAAGUAUUACUUUACUGAGAGGGUAGUGGAUGCAUGGAAUAGCCUUCCAGCUGAAGUGGUAGAGGUUAACACAGUAAAGGAGUUUAAGCAUGCGUGGGAUAGGUAUAAGGCUAUCCUAACUAUAAGAUAAGACUAGGGACUAAUGAAAGUAUUUAGAAAAUUGGGCAGACUAGAUGGGCCGAAUGGUUCUUAUCUGCCGUCACAUUCUAUGUUUCUAUGUUUCUAUUAUAGAGAUUUGUAGAAGUUGGUAGGUUUUUGGUCACAGUGAGUGGGUGAAGGUAACUCCAGGUUAUAGUGUUUUUAGUUUGACCUCAAUGAUAAACAUUAUCACACAGCCAAGUUCUGCCACGUCCCAACAUCAGGUUUAUUUGUUGUCCCUGCAGGGCAAAUUCCAACCACUUCAGAAAAACAUUCUCCAUAAACGCUGCAGUUUAUUAAAUGGAAAACGUUUGGAGAAUCAGUGACAGCAGUAUUUGGCCUACUAAAUAAUGACUUGUUAGAAGGCAGUCUACAGAUUUCGGCAUCUUAUUUGCCUAAUAACAAAACAGUGCUUGCCAGGGAAGCUUUCUGUAAUACAUAAUGUGUGUGUAUGUAUAUAAUCAUGCACUGUUCACGCAAAUGUAAACCUGAUACAGUUCAGAGAAAGAAAAAUAAAACAUGAUUUAUUUUGAGACAAAAAAUAAGAACACGUCUACUUAUCUUAGAUUAGGAUAGAGAUUACAGCAGUCUAGUGUGGAAUGAGACGUCCUGAUUCCCUUGGCACAAAUUGUCUUCGUGCUCCCUUACUGUGUAUGCUGUAUUACAGCAGAAGAUAACUUAGUUUGAUGUUAGUUGUACCCUUUAAGAGAGAGGGUUAAGGAAAGUGAUUUCUUCUAACUAGUGGUAAGGGGGCCCAUUACCAUGGAACAAGGCCAGCGUAAUUCUGACAUCAUAACCAGAUGUUUGGAAUAACACUUUAACCCCUUAAGGACACAUGACACGUGUGACAUGUCAUGAUUCCCUUUUAUUCCAGAAGUUUGGUCCUUAAGGGGUUAAAUUAAAGGACCACUGUAGGCACCCAGACCACUUCAGCUCAAUGAAGUGGUCUGGGUGCCAGAUCCCUCUAGUUUUAACCCUGCAGCUGAAAACAUAGCAGUUUCAGAGAAACUGCUAUGUUUCACUAAGGGUUAAUCCAGCCUCUAGUGGCUGUUUAACUGACAGCCGCUAGAGGCGAUUCUCACUGUGAAAAUCACAGUGAGAUGAUUCUGGACGUCCAUAGGAAAGCAUUGAGAAAGGGGUUUUAACCCCUUCAGCCCAGCGGGAGGGGGGUCAUGAGGGCGUAGGGGAAGACCUAAUGACCCUAUAGUGCCAGGAAAGCAAGUUUGUUUUCCUGGCACUAUAGUGGUCCUUUAAGCACUCCUUCUGGUCUUGCAUUUCUUAUUGACUCAGACUGUUCACUGGUUGCCUCAUACUGUGCCAUGCAUCUGGCUGCAGACCACAUGUUCCUUCAGUAUAAUGAGCUGUGCAGGGCCAGUCCGGGGGAUCAAUUAUUUUCCCUACCAGCCUGUGAAUGCUGAUAGUGUAGUUAUUCCUCAGACAGUUGUCCGGUUGAUCUGACCCUAAAAACAAGCCAACUUGUUAAAGUAUAAUCUCCGUAAUCCGAAAGGGGAAAAGCCCCGCUCCUUUAGAGUGUCCCUUUAAAGGUUCAAAAAUAAAUAUGAAUUGGAGUAGCAUUUCAGUGUGUGAAGAUUAGACCUCUACAUGUUAACUGUGUAUAUCAUACACACAUUACACAGAAACUCCUGGGUUAACGGCUGUAAACGCUGUGUUGGAAAAUCUAUUAUCCAACGUGUGAUUUAUACCAAAUACUAUGUAAUUACAGGCACUGCAGGGAUAACGUAGGAUAUUCAAUACUAACCAUACAGCUUAGCUAUUGUGAAAUAACAUUCUAGUAAAUGUCACAUCUUCUACCUGUUUGACAUCCCUGAAUAAUGUGUCUGCUUCUCUGUGUCUACAAUGAAACGUUUGCUGUUACAAUGGCUUGUUGUUCGCGAUUAGCAUUAUUUUUAUAACCUACGUAAUUUAUUCAUACUCUGAAAAUUAGAGAAAUCUCUUCAUUCCGGUUUAAGAAACAAAAAUAAAACACAUUCAAUACUCAAUACAUAACUGAAUACCAGUGGCAGUAGCUGUCCAUGUCAACUGCUAUCAGUGGGCUGCCUUGCUGGAAUUAUCCAUGUGGUCAUUACCCCAUUGCACUAUUUGACUGAUCAGGUGUCCAGUCCCUCCAAAAGCUAUGUGAGACAUAAAGAAGAUUAAUUUAGCAAGGCAAGUGGUAGGCCAUAGUUAUCUUGGAUAACACUCGUAGCACUGCAUGAGUUUGUAGACAGCAUUAAUUUAAAAGCUGGCAGAGCAUCAUGGGAAAUGUAGUCCUGGAUCCUUCACAUUACCAAGGUUAACCAAUGUUGAACUAGAAUAAUCAGAGCGUAGAAAUACGCAAGCAGAGAACGUGGCAGUGGUACAUUGUACGCAUUGCUGGUUAUGGGAUUGGCAAGCAAGUAUCUCUGUCAGGAUUUUUAACAUCACAGUGAUAAUCCUCUUCAUACUAAUUAAAGGGACACUCUGGGUACCAAAACCACUUCAGUGCACACAUGCUGUCCCUCGUCUUGGACAAUGUAAAACGUUGCUGUUUUUGAGGAAAACACGUCUCUAGUGGCUAUCAAGCAGAAAGCCAUUAGAGGCACUUCCUACUUACAUGCUUCCGUUUUUGAAGGACUUUAUGUUCAGCGUCAUCGCACACAGCAUGCUGAUUGGUGGAUGUGUUGUGUGUCUUCAAAGCAGCUGAUUGGACAAAAGUCAUUAGAAUUGAUGACUUCACUGGAGAGCUGCAGUGACGAGUCUAUCCCCCACUGGCAGCAAUGGGAAAACAUGUUAUUUUCAUUAUUAUUAAUAAUAGAAGUUAAAACUGAGCAAAAUAAUAAUAACAAUAUUUAAGAAUUGGAUAUAAAUAAAUAAACAAGACAGGGAAAGAGGGAAAAAAAUAAAAGUAUAGACAGAAAAGGAAAAUAUUGUAGUUAUUGUUCCUAUAAUCUCAGUAUGAUUUAUUAUUACUAACAUUUACAGAGUACAUGUAAACAAACAUGCCAACACCAGUCCUUUUAAGUGUAGUCAGCAAGUUAAUAUCGAUAACUGAAACUGAAGCGGCUUUCACGAAUGUAUUAAGAGGAUGACUCGGAAGUAGAAUACCAGAUUGCCAUGUUAUUGUUUUGGGAGACGUCUUGUCUACAUUUUGUUGGACAGAACCAGUAUGUGGAAUUCAGGAACUCCCUAUUUCAGUGGGACCUGUCCACCUGAACUCGGGACGGUUGGGAGGCAUGCAUUAAGCUCCUGGGGUGAAAUAAAUAAACAAUUCUCAAAUAAUUCACCUAGAUCAAUUAACUGAUUUCAUAUUGAAAGCUCAUGAACACUACAUACGACCAGGCUGCUUUAGAAAUACUGUCCUGCAUAUACGGUGAUAUGGCAGUCCUAACCAGAAUACACAUUUGAUGCUUUGAGACCUAUGGUGGACUGAUUAAAGGAACACUACAGGCAUUAAAAGAAUCUUUAGCUUAAAGGACCACUCUAGGCACCCAGACCACUUCAGCUUAAUGAAGUGGUCUGGGUGCCAGGUCCAGCUAGGGUUAACCCAUUCUUUUAUAAACAUAGCAGUUCCAGAGAAACUGCUAUGUUUAUGAAUGGGUUAAGCCUUCCCCCAAAGCCUCUAGUGGCUGUCUCAUUUUCACAGUGAGAAGACGCUAGUAAAUGCUUUCCUAUGCGACCGGCUGAAUGCGCGCGCAGCUCUUGCCGCGCAUGCGCAUUCAGCCCAGGAGGCGGAUCGGAGGAGGAGAGCUCCCCGCCAAGCGCUGGAAAAAGGUAAGUUUUUACCCCUUUCCCCCUUCCAGAGCCGGGCGGAAGGGGAACCCUGAGGGUGGGGGCACCCUCAGGGCACUAUAGUGCCAGGAAAACGAGUAUGUUUUCCUGGCACUAUAGUGGUCCUUUAAUGAACCAGUUUUUGUGUAUAGAUCACACCACUUCAGUCUCCCUGCUCAAUUAUCUGCCAUUUAAGAGUUAAAUCACUUUGUUUCUGUUUAUGCAGUACACCUUCCCUGGUUGUGACGGACACAGCCUGCAUGAAAACCCAAUGGUUUUAUUUUCAAUCAGAUGUAACUUACUUUAAAAGUUAUCUACUGAUCUGUAAAUUAAACUUUAAUCAUGCAAAGGAGGCUCCUGGUUCUAUCUAUUAACAAAGCUGGAGAUAAAAAAAAUAAAAAAUUACAAGUUAAACAGACUGUGCAAUAAAGUUUAGAUGUUCAAUAUCUUUUUACAGGAAAUGUGUAAGUCACAUGCAUGUGUAAGUUAGACUGCAGGCUAUGAUCUAUGCAGCAAAACCACUCCCCUAACAUACACCACAAAGCUGGUGCUCAUAGAAUCAGAUGCUGGUAGGAGCGGGUAGAGGGGGCCGGCCAGUGACCCAAUCAUGUCACUUGUUCUGCCCCCAAAGGGUGGAUAUACCCAGAAAGGAGCGGAUCUGCUCCCUUUACAGGCAGGUCAGUCUAGCAUGAAUGCAUGCCAGGCUGCUGGCCAAUCAUAUUGGGUCAGCCCAGUGAGGGCAGGCUCUGUGGAGAGCACUGUUUCAGUACUCCUUGCAGGGUCCUAGUGCCCUGAACACUGGCGUACAUACCGCGGUCGCAGGGGUCGCGGCUGCGACUGGGCCGGCACUCCAGGGGGCCCGGCUGCCCUGCGACCCGGUAUGUACGCUAGUGUGGCCACAUUUUGCCAGCCUCUUCUCCUGACGUAAUUCGGGUUCUGGCAUCAGUAAGCGGCGCGUUGAAAUCAGGACGGUUGGGAGGCAUGCAUUAAGCUAAAGUUGUUUUGGUGCCUAUAUUGUCCAUUUAAAAGUCAGGAGGCAGAGUUUAUUUGCUGUAUUGAGGGGGACAGGUGGAGAGGGUCCAUUUUGAGGAGUUGCUCCCUUUUAAAAAUAAAAUAAAAACCCUUGGGCGGAGGGGUUAUGUUUUAAUUUGCAUUAGUCAGGAUAAAGAUAAUUAACAGGGAAGAUAAUUUGACAUUACUACAUCAGGAGUCAGGUAUACCGUCAGGACAAAAGACACAGUAACAAUAAAACACUGUCAUGAUAUUGACAAUGACAAACAAAAUACUGUCCAGGCACUCAACUAUUAAAGACAGGCAGCCAUUUAAUGUAGCAUUUCACAAGGCAACGUUUAGGUCACAAACCAUGACCUUUAUCAAGCCAUUACAGAGCUUCCCUGCAAAAAAUGUAUCUUCUGUGUUUAGAAAUCAGUCUGUGUGGCAUUUGAGGGAUUCAGGGAUAUGCCUGCAUUUUGGAUCUGGACCGCCUUUUUGGGUGGGAUCAGUCUUAUAUGCAAAUGGUACAAGAUGAGCUAAAACUAGCCUGAGAUCUGAGAGGGAACCCACUGAAGGGCAGGCUAUUUGAGCUGUUGUCCGUUCUCAGUAGUCUCUUGCACCUUGUUUUUUUCUGUCCCGCCUUCCUGAUUUAGUUCCCUGGUAACCUGCAUCCAGGGCCGGUGCAAGGAUUUUUGCCGCCCUAGGCAAAAGACAAAUUUGUCGCUCCCACCCCAUGUGACAUCACAAUGCCCUACCCAUAUGAUCGGCCAUAUGAACUAACGCCAGUGCUGCACACAGUGUGUGUUUACAUUAAAAGGCCUGCAGGGACAGGCUAUAGACACCAGAACCACUUCAUUAAGCUGCAGUCGUUCUGGGGACUAUAGUGUCCCUUUAAUGUGAGGUGAAUUACAGAUUAGUGUCACUAAUAAUAUACUAGAUUGCCUACUUACAACCAGAUGAGGAUGGUGAUGGGCUCUGGCUGCACUUUGGCUCCACUGGUCUCCUCACCACCCCCUCCCUGUGUUCUCCUUGCCCUUACCUCCCUGUGUUCUAGUCACGCCUCCCUCCCUGUGUUCUCCUCACUCCCCCCUCCCUCCCUGUGUUCUCCUCCCUCCCCCUCCUCCCCUGUGUUCCCCUCACCCUCCCCUCCCUCCCUGUGUUCUCCUUACCCCCCCUCCCUCCCUGUGUUCUCCCCCACUCCCCUCCUUCCCUGUUUUCCCUCACCCCCCCUCCCUCCCUGUGUUCUCUCCCACCCCCUCCCCUCCUGUGUUCUCCUUAGCCCCCUCCCUCCCUGUUCUCCUUACCCCCCUCCCUCCAUGUGUUCUCCUUACCCCACAUGUUCUCCUCACACCCCCUUCCCUGUGUUCUCCUCACACACACUCCCACUGUGUUCUCUUCACAUCCCCACCCCAUGUUCUUCUCACCCCCCCUCCCUGUGUUCUCCUCACCUCCCCUUCCCUGUGUAGCGUGGCCGUGCUCUUUUCCGGUCCGCGGUACAGGAGCUUCUGUUUCUUGUACCCAGACGGACUGAAAGGAAGUGCACACUUAGUGAGCACUUCCCAUCAGUCCGGCCGGGUACAGGAAAUUGAUGAGAGGCAGUGCUGCAGCCACCUGAGGCUCUCUAUAGAGCGCUCAGGCGGAUGCAUUAGAAGGGCCGGCGUUGAGGGUGCAGGACAACCCCUCCUCUGUGGUACCCUAGGCGGCUGCCUAGGUCGCCUUAUAGGAAGCGCCGGCCCUGCCUGUAUCCAUGGACACCAGGGAACUGUCCUCAGGCAGCACAGCGCAAGCACCAGGGAACAGUCCCCUUUAGUCCUCCCACCACUUUUUCAGGCGGUUUAUUAUGGGUAUCACAGUGUCAGUGUCCCCUGUCACGGCAAGGGUGUAUAAUUUAUUAUUACACUAUGGAAUAUCAUCCUUUAAUGUAAUUUGUGUAGUAAAUGGCACAAAUUACAGAGAUGCUAUUGCUGAGGUCAACAGGGGUUACAUCUUUUGAGCUGGGACCCCCACAUAGGUCAGAUGACAGAAGGGGUAGUGUGAAUGGCAUAGGGAUGUGAAAAGGAUUUUACUAUAUGGUUGUGAAGUAAUCAAGGCUCUGCAAGGUGUGAGGUUCUACACUUGGAAAAAGUCUGAAUGUCUCUUCAUCCAUUUGGCAUGUACCUUGUAAAGGAUAGUUCAAUCAUUUGAAAUGGUAAUGGGAUUCGUUUCAUGAAGAUCCUUGUGUUCCAGUAUCUUAUCCAAGUGAAACAUUCAUACUUACCCACAGGUUAAUAAUUAAGCCUCAUUUUUAUUAUAUUUGGAAUGGGACAAGCCCAAUCUUUUAAUUAAGCCCAAACAUGAGUUGCACAACUUAAACCGUGUGGCAGGACUUGUGAUGUCCAUCCUAUUGGAUCGUGGGCGGGGCGUGCAACAUGUCUUUGGAAUGGGAAAACAAUAACAAAUUCAUAGAGGCAAUUUUUAUUUCUGUGGCAAGUACAGUAGAGGAGAUAAAAUCAAAAGUUUGUAUGUGGGUUGUUGGUUUCUGGAACAAAGGAGGUGGUCACUUAGUAUCCCUAUUGCUCCACCCCUGGAUGAGGCGUGGCAAUUCACAGGGUAUAUCUCCUGUGAUCCUGAAGGGUGUUUGUGUACUUGCUUGGGGCCAAGAUCUAAUUUUGAGUGAGUCACCAUCUUUCCUUGCCAGAGACCCCCUGGACAGAAGUUGUACUUUGAAAACCUAAGUGAGUAAUUAGGACUUCUGUAUUUUAUCCUUUUUGUUUUUAUCUGUUGUUGGUGUAAAUAAUUUGUUUAUCAUAUAUUUUUAUAUGCACUGUGACUAUCUUUUGCUCAUAAUAAACAUUCAUUUAUUAAGUUUUGCCUUUGUCUGGUUAAGAAUCACGUUACCUGAAGAGACUAGUUAGUAUUUUUAUAAUUCCUUAAAUAUUGUGCUAAGUAAUAUUUGGUGGGUUUUAUUAUUGAUUUACCUGGGGGACCAAGGCACCCCAUUUAUAAAUUGUCUUGGUGGUGGCAGCGUUAAAAUAGUAAUAGUUAUAUUAUUAUGUUUAAGUGUGGGUGGUGUUAAAGGGGGGAUUUUGUCAUUAUUUCCGGUCUAGUGCAGACAAAUGGGAGACAUAGGGGCACUUGGAGACAUGUGGACACUGAGACAUUUGGGGACACUGUGUCCCUAGUGUCUGUGUCCCCAUUUCUCCCAGUGGCCCCAUUUCUCCCAGUGUCCCCAAAUGUCUCAGUGUCCACGUGUCUCCCAGUGUCCCCUAUUCUCCCUGUGUCUGUGUCCCCAUGUCUCUCAGUGUCCCUAGUGUCUCAGUGUCCCUAUGUCUCCCAGUGUCCCCAAAUGUCUGUGUCCCAUGUCUCCUAGUGUCUGUGUCCCCAUGUCUCCCAGUGUCCCCAAAUGUCUGUGUCCCCAUGUCUCUGUGUCCCUAGUGUCUCAGUGUCCCAAAAUGUCUGUGUCCCCAUGUCUCCCAGUGUCCCUAGUGUCUCAGUGUCCCCAUGUGUCUGUGUCCCUAGUGUCUGUGUCCCCAUUUCUCCCAGAGACAUGGGGACACUGAGACACUAGGGACACUGGCUGAGAGACAUGUGGACAUUGGGAGAUUUGGGGACACUGGGAAACAUGGGGACACUGAGAGACAUGAGGACAUAGACACUGGAAGACAUGGAGACACUGUGUCCCGAGUGUCUCUGUGUCCCAAUGUGUAUCCCAAUGUCCCUAUGUCUCACAGCGUCCCCCUUGUCUCACAGUGUCCCCAUGUUUCCCAGUGUCCCCAUGUUUCCCAGUGUCCCCAUAGUGUCUCAGUGUCCCUAUGUUUCCCUGCUGCCUUUCCCCUAAUCCCUCACUUCCCUGAGCUGUAGUCUGUCUCUGCAGGCUGGGAGUUGCCUUCUGAACUCUCUGUGCUGUGUAGCUGCCCCCUGCGGAUUAGUGAGUAGAGAGUGGCAGGGAGGGAUAUGCUGUAACUUCCUAUACCUGCCUCUCUCCACGCACAGUGGCCCCUACUUGCUGGUGCUGGUAUUGCAGAGUAAUCUUCGUUUAUACUGAGAAAAAUAUCUGCAUUUGUAUUGCCGGUAUUACUGCAAUACCGGCAUGGCCAGGCAGCCUCAAAUACCGUCUGUGCCAGUAAAAUCAGGUGGCAAACCUAAGAGUAGUGUGUAAAAUAAUUGAAUUUUUUUUAAAUAGGCCUAUUCCAUGGGCCUGGGCCUGGGCCUGGGCCUGGGCCUGGGCCUGGAGCUGCAGCUCCAUCAGCCCCUAUGUUAAUCCGGCCCGGACUGAGCCAACUCCCUGACACCCCCAUAGAUACAAGCAUAAAGGUGCACUCAGCUCUCCCUCUUGUGUCCUGCCUUGCAGGCUUUGGUGAACACUGCUAAUGUCUUCUCAGGCCACAAUGAGCCUGGCUCCAAAAGAGACUCCCAGUGGCCUUCUCUCUCUCUCUGUUUUGCUACAGGAACUAGUGGCAGUGAACUCUAAACACUCUAAUUCUCACAGUGAGAGGGAAACUGGCCCCUUAAAUUUCAGAUUCUCUAGUGCGAUUGCAAUGUCUGUACCACUUAUAGUUCCGCCACCAUUGUAUAGUGGAAAAAAAAACUGAAUAACACCAUUAAAAAAAAAAAGAAAGAAAGAAAACAAGCUUAAUUAAGCUCAGUAGACAUAUCACGAGUUGGACAAGCUGAGUUAGGGAAUUGUUCUAGCUGCAAGUUUUGAACUACAUUUUAAAACCAAAGUUGUCAAAUCAGCCAGUCUCAUUCAUACAGCAUUUUGUUUUCCUUUUUAUUUGAACAAUAAUAACUCUGACAAACACUCUUUUUAAGAACACUUUCAUUUUUCUUUCUUUCAAGUUCUUAACUCCUUGUUGAGAGCCAAAUUUGAUUUCCCAUGCUGUUUCAGUAGGUUCCCAGCACAUGGAACAGUCAUAUUGUAUCUAUCAGCCUACGUGAAGCUGCCCACAUUAAGAUGUUUACUGUAAAGACGUUGUCUUCAUCAGUGCAACAAAUAUUCCCCGACUCUAACAGGGUUAUCUACUAAAGAGUGAAUUGUGGGUAAUUCAAAGUGAAUUUCAAAUCCAAGACCAAAGUAGCCAAAAUUUCCCAGUUCGACCAUUAUGGCCUUAAAAUUUAAAUUCAACUCUGAAUCCCCAAGAAUUUUCACUUUUGCGAAUAAUUGUGUGAAACAAGCCUAAUUAGCAAAAUAUAAGGUGCAAGAGAGUACUGAGAACAGACAACAUCUCAAAUAGGCUGCCCUUCGGUGGGCCCAGGGCCGGCGCUUCCUUUGGCCACUUAGGCAGUGGCCAAGGGCGCCAGCUUCAUGGGGGCGCCUCUGGCAAGCCUGCUGCUAACGGUGUUUGUGACUGUCCGGGCAAUUGGACAGCCCAGACAGACCCAGUAACGAAUUUUAAAACUGGCCAAAUGGCCAGAAAUAGUAAAAAUAAAAUCAGAAUGGCAGUCAGGUGCCAGUGGCCACAGUGCAGCCAUUACUUACAAGCUGCAGAAUUAACUCCAGGCAUGCCGGCGCCUGGCUGUACUAGAUCCCCAUCCCAUGAUGUAGCUUACGGGCACAACAUCCGUGUGCUCCACCCCCUGCCCUGUGCGUGGGGACAUGGGAGGGUAGGAUUAAGGAAGGAGGAAGUGGGGCAAGGCGGCAGAGUGUCCCAGUAAGCCUUUUACUGGGUGCACUUCUCACUCGCUCCCGUCCCCUGCACUGUACAUGGGGACAACUGAUAUUUGAAAUGAAGGUAAGUGUGUUUCAGAGAAUGUGUGUGUCUGCAUGGGUCAGUGUGUGUUUGUGUCAGUGUCAGCCUGCAAAGGUCAGUGUGUUUGUGUCUGCAUGUAUCAAUGUGUGUUUGUCUGCAUGUAUCAAUGUGUGUGUUAAUAUGCAUGGGUCAGUGUGUGUGUGACUGCAUGGGUCAGAGCAGUGCAUGUGUCAGUCUGCAUGGGUCUGUGUAUGUAUGUGUGUGUGUGUGUCAGUCUGCAUGGGUCAGUGUGUGUGUCUGCCUGCAUGGGUCUGUUUGUGUGUGUGUGUCUGCAUAGAUCAAUGUUUGUGUGUGUGUAUUUGCAUGGAUCAUUGUGUGUGUGUGUGACUGCAUGGUUCAGUGUGUGUGUGUCUGACUGCACGGAUCAGUCUGUGUGUGACUGCAUGGAUCAGGGUGUGCGCAUGGAUCAGUAUGUCUGCAUGGAUCAGUGUGUGUGUCUGCAUGGAUUAGUGUGUGUGUGUGUCUGCAUAGAUCAGGAUGUGUCUGCAUGGGUCAGUGUGUGUAUGUGUCUGCAUAGAUCAGUGUGUGUGUGUCUGCAUGGUUCAAUGUGUGUGUGUGUCUGCAUCGGUCAGUAGUGUGUGUGUCUGCAUGAGUCAGUGUGGGUAUCACUCCUCAAGUGUCAGUGUGUGUGUGUCAGUUUGUAUAGGUCAGUGAAUUUGUCUGUGCAUGGGUCACUGGUUGUGAACAUGUAUGUAUGUAUGCGCAUGUGAUUGCAUUUGUGCACUCAGGACAGUUUAAUUUCAAAAUUUUAAAAAAACAAUACUUUUAAACGAACACUUUAGUGUUUGGAAUCUAAGCCUGUAUUCUGAACACUAUAGUGUUUCUGUCCCUACAAUGAUUCAGUGUUUAAAAAGAUAAAUAAAAUGUAAAAGAAAGUGAAUGGGGCGGCAAAAUCUUUUUUGCCUAAGGCUGCAAAAACCCUUGCACUGGCCUUGGGUGGGUCCCCGCUCAGAUCUCAAGCUGGUUUUAGCUCAUCUUGUGCCAUUACAAAAAGAACCAGGCCAUUUCCAUAUCAGAACAGGUCCAAAUUAUCUUUCACCCUGUUUUAUGAGUCUAAUUAUGGUGUUUUGCAAAAUGUAUUUUAAUGCUAAUUCUAUAACAUUGAAAGAAGGGGUCACUGAAUUCAUUGUAUAUUUUAUAUACGGGUCACAACAUUAAUUCAAAGUAUUUUGGGUCCCAGGCAAGGGGUUAAAAAGACUCUAUAUGUAUAGUAUAUUUUAUAUAUCUUUACAUAGGGUAUGUUUUUUAUCAUAUACACUCACAAAUGCAGGGCUGGCGCAACUGUUAGGCGAACUAGGCAUUCGCCUAGGGCGCCGGCCUGCCACUGUCUGGAGCUGCCUGCCACUGUCUGGGGCUGCAGCGCUGGGUGAGUGGCUCUUCAGCCACCCCCAACGCCGUGCCGAUCCUCAAGGCGCCUGAAGUUGGGGGCGCAGAGAGGAGCCCUGUUACAGGGGGGCCAGGAGGUGGCCAACAAAUGCCAGUGACCGGAGGAGAGGGGGCUGGAGAAGGCAGGCGGCAAGGGAGCUGUUCUUUCAGCCUCUCACUCCUCCUUUGAACGCCCUCUGUGAUGCCAGGAGCUCCGGCAUACUAAACAUCACGCUAGAGGAGUGAGGAGCUGCCCCACACUGGACCCCAGGGAGGUAGGGAGGCUGGAUAGGCCUCAAAAUAUAAAAUUGUGUGUGUGUAUGUCAGUGAGUGUCUGCCUGUGUGUGUGUGUGUGUUUGUCUAUCAGUGAGUGUGUACUUGUUUGACUGUCAGUGUGUGUCUGUCAGUAAAUGAGUGUAUGUCUAUCAGUGAGUGUGUGUUUGUGUGUCUGUCAGUGAGUGAGUGUAUGUCUGUCAGUAAGUGUCUGUGUGUGUGUGUCUGUCAGUGAGUGAGUGCAUGUCUGUUAGUUUCUGUGUGUGUGUGAGUGAGUGUAUGUAUGUUAGUGAGUGUCUGUCUGUGUCUGUCAGUGAGUGUAUGUCUGUCAGUAAGUGUCUGUGUGUGUGUGUCAGUCAGUGAGUGAGUGCAUGUCUGUUAGUUUCUGUGUGUGUGUGUGUGUGUGUGAGUGAGUGUAUGUAUGGAUAGGCCUCAAAAUAUAAAAUUGUGUGUGUGUGUAUGUCAGUGAGUGUCUGCCUGUGUGUGUGUGUUUGUCUAUCAGUGAGUGUGUACUUGUUUGACUGUCUGUCUGUGUCUGUCAGUGAGUGAGUGUAUGUCUGUCAGGGAGUGUGUGUUUGUGUGUCUGUCAGUGAGUGAGUGUAUGUCUGUUAGUGAGGUUUUUGUGUGUGUGUGUGUCUGUCUGCCAGUGUGUGUCUGUCAGUGAGUAAGUGACAUGAGGGGGCGGCAAAAUGGAUCUUUGCCUAGGGCGGCAGAAAUCCUUGCACUGGCCCUGCACAAGUGUUGUAUCAAUUGUUAUAAUUAAAACUUCUUUACACACACAAAACAAAGAAAACACAGUUCAUUGUAGAAUACCCUUGGUCUAAAUUACUUGUCAGAAGAGCUAGCAUUCAUAUUACAGAUGAAUGUUCGACCUUGGAAAACAGAUAUUUACUCUUAUUCUCGAGUCCCAUAUUUUGGGAAUGUGAGUUAUUUAUUUCUGAAACCAAACAGUGAGUCAGUCCAGAGGUUGACUUACUGUAUCAUAUGAUCACUUGGACUUUGGAGCAACUUUUUCCUCCAGUUUUCUCAUACAUUAAUCUGUUUCUGACUUACACGUCACAGAGAUUCAAGAGUUAAUUGGGAGAAAAGAUUGCACAGCAGACUUCACCCCCUUCCAACCAAUCACUGCUUAUGUGUCUGCCUGCAGCCUCAAGGUGCAAGGAUUUAUCACAGCUCACUGCCUGCCACUUUAUAUAAAGAGAGAAACUCAAGUAACAUCAGUCUACUCACUGGGGAGGUAAGUCAUGGAUGGAGGGGGCAAAAUACCUGUAAGAAAAUAAAACAAAACAGACAUAGUAAAAAUUAUAUCGUACAAUGAGAGGGAAAAUAAAGUAGAGAAGUAAAUGUUUAAGAAAGCUAAUUUUUUUUUUUAAAUGUAUUUUUAUAAAAAGAAGAACAAACACAAUAGGAGAACUGUAAAUAGAUUGCAAUGUAUUUGUUCCUAUAUGGUGUUUUUUAUUGAAUUGCCUUAAUUGUUAGAAAGAAAAUCGCAUUCUCGUAGCAGAAUCUCCAAGAUUCAUUUUAAAUUCUUUCUUUUCAGAGUUUUAAAAAGACAAAUUAUGAAGCUGAUUGCCCUCUUGGUGACGAUUGGGCUCCUGGCCGGUGAGUAUUACGUCAAUGUACCAUUUAUAAGCUAUAAAAUUGGAUCAAUAAUACAUUUACUGGCAGAAGAGACAUGGUGGGUUAUUCAAUAAAUUGGGGAUUGUCAGGAAAUCAAAGUGAAUUCAAGUUGAAUUAAAAGUGAAUUCAAAGCAAAUCUCAACUUUAAGAUCAAAGUAGCUAAAUAAGCUAUUCUUAUAGUUCAGAGAGUUUUUCUAUUUUGAUCUUAAAUUUGAAAUUUACUUUGAAUUUAAUUUAAAUUCCCAGCGACUCUCACAUUAGUUAAUAACUCUGUUGUAUGUUCAGCCCAGAAUCUUAUGUCAUGUGUAGUACAUGAAUGCAGUUGUGAACCAUGGCAAGUGAUGAGAUACAUGGGCAGUUGUAGAAAUUGGUGUUGAAUGGACUGUUUUAUAUUUGGGAAGUGGGAUAGAGCUAUAGUGGUAAAAUAUGUCAUGGAGAAUGAUAGCAAGAUUGUGGGGCGAUAAAGAAGCUGAAUAGGGCACAUGGAAAAAGUGAUGGAGAAGACGUAUGAAGGCAUCAUUUUGGGAUGAAAUGGUAAAUCUGUGAAGGCAAACAGAGAAAGAAACAGUAUCUUCUUUUGUAAAAACAAAACAAAAAGCUUUUAAAACAAGAUUGUUUAGAGCAGGAGAAUGUAUUGGAUGAAGACUAUUGAGUAGAUGAAGAAUGAAUGUUAGGGUGUAUAGAAAAAGGUAACAAAGGUAAGAAAGUUUUAAAAAAAGUAUCUGUGUGAUUGCAGUGUAAGGGCAUGGACAAACAGCAAAUAAUUUGGGAUGUAGGUGGUAUUUGUCUGUUAAGAUGUCAGUAAGGGUCAUUGAAGUGUUUAGUGGUGGUAGAUUAUGCCAAAUUAUUAUUGGGAAUACUUAAUAUACAGUGCAGUAUAGCUUCUUCAUAGUGUGCAGUUAUGAAGAACAUUUGUUAGAUAUUUUUUCCUAUUGCUGUCGUCAAUAUAUCUACAUGUCACAUAUACACUAAAUAUACACAAACAUUUCUCACAUGUACACUAAACGAGGAAUUGUAGUGAAUUCAAUCCCGAGUUUUAAAAUUAAUCCUACAGCUCAGGUUGAGAAUUUUUUUUAAAUUAGCUUUUUUGGCUUACAUUUUGAAAAUCUAUUUUUACAGUUCACCAAAAUACAUUGUUUUGUUAAAAAACCAUUGUAUACACCAUGCAUAUGAAGAGUGAUUCUGGGUUCUAUUUCUCAAGGCAAAAAAGGUGCUAUUCUAGGACAAAGUGCUAAAUGCUAAGAAAUAUGUUAUGUGUACCAAACCUUUGCAUUGUCCCUGAAAAACACCUGUUUCUGUUUUGAUAAAUAUGACCCUUUGCUCUUUGCCAAAACAUUUCUCGGUACACACACAUAUAUGUAUAUAUGUGUGUGUGUGUGUGUGUGUGUGUAGUGUCGCUUAGGAUAUAGGAAAAAUACCUACUGUCCUUUUCUUUAUUUAGGGGCCCAAGCCAGAUCUUUGUCCAGAGAUGGCCCCAAGACAAAAUGGGAGACGGCUCUGGAUAGCUUCUGGCAGACACUCAACAAAAUGGAGGAGGCCGCGGAUGAGACCAAAGAAACGAUGAAAGACUCUCCAGUCAGCAAAGAGCUGGAGUAAGUAAUGAUGUAUAAAAUGAUUGAUCGAAUGCUAGAAACCUUUAGUGGGCAUUACCGAACCAGACUGAACUAGGAUAACUAAAGUAGUGAUGAUUAACACGUGGCAUUCUCUCACUCGCUGUGCAUCAUGGUAAAUAUAUUCCACAACAAAUAGGGUGCCACAAGUUAGUGAUCACUGCUAUAGACAUUCAAUCAGUGUAUGCAAUGCUCUGAAUGAUGUGAAAUAUUUAUUAAAUUGUUUAUUUGCAGCAGGUGAUAAUGUAUUUCUUAUGUGUCAGAUUACGUGAACUUACAAGCUGGCUGUAGACCCUAUUGUCUGUUCCAACAAGCAGCUGUGUACUGUAUGUCACCGUCCAGCUGUUACAGAACAGCUGUUGCUGAAAAAUUUGUCCCAAGAACACUCCAAGCACAGUGAACAUUGCAGCAUGCUGUGGUGGUUAUGAUGGCAUGAGAGCCGUGUAGACCACCGCACUCCAUUGUAAUCAGUCAAAACCAUUUAAAACAGUUUGACUUCAAGUCACGUCUCCCAGGCACUGCUCCUCAUCUUCACUACCUCAGCCAAAGAGCUAGUAACUCUCUGACAGAGCUACACCUUGGGGUUUUGGCUUAGCUCAUUGGUUAGUACCUUGUAAACACCAGCAAAGAAGUCAAACCAUUCACAAACAGUUUGACUACUUACUACAGUGUACUGGAGUGAUUAUGGUGCUUGGAGUUGUUCUUUAAAGGAUGAGCUGCCAUGUGCACUGUCUCAGUAACCAAGUCUACAUCUCACCACUAACUGUCAUGGGAGAGUUUAAAGAUGAGUCAGGAAGGGUCAAUGAGGAGCUUACUCACAGUACUGAUUUAGAAUGAAUUGAAAUCCGGAUUGUAAAAUGUGAUAUAAAAUUGUCAAGCUGUGAUUAUACGUGAAAAUGUGUCCAAAUAUUCAAUUUUUGCCUACAGUUUGCCCUUUUGAUUUCAAUUUGCUACAAUUCAGAGAUUAGCGAAUAACACUAUAAAUGUUCAUUUUAUCUUUUGCUUUGUUUAUAAAAUCAACUCCUGUUUAACCCCUUCAGGACACAUGACAUGUGUGACAUGUCAUGAUUCCCUUUUAUUCCAGAAGUUUGUUCCUUAAGGGGUUAAAGCUUAUCUCCUGAGCAGGGUAAGACAGGCAUCUAUGAAAAUACAUAACAUUUUACAUGUACUAAACUGGUUGUUUAAGGAAGACUAUAAGGUUAGGGAUACAAAUAUGCAUUUUUAACGCUUUAGUGUUAUAGUAACAAUUUAAAAGUUUGCUCCCUCCACCUGCCCAUAACUAAUAAAAUAGAGAUUUACACACCCUUAUUCCCCUGUCGCUGGUCUGUGUGAUCAUCAAUCUAUUGUCAAUCCAGCACCAAUCAACAUGUCCUCAAAGAGAUACUUUUACUCAAUGCAUCACUAUGGGUACCAUUCAGGGUCUUCAUGCAGAGCCUGGAGAUGCUGAACAUCGAUUCUGCAAUAUGUGCAGAACCAAACCCAGGAAGACCUUGUCGUGGCUGUCAGACUGACAACCAAUAGAGUUGGCAUUAGGCAGCAGUGUAAACUUUGCAUUUCAUCAGCCUCACUGUUCAGCCUGCAGGGACAGGCUAUUUGCACCUGAACCACUACAUUACGUUGUAGUGGUUCUGGUGGCUAUAGUGUCCCUUUUAGUCCCCCGCUCAUCAUUUCAUGCUAAAACGAGUCACUCACUGCAGGUUACAGUGAUUAAAUAUCAGCAGAUUCACAUGUCUGUGUACUUCCUGUAUGCUUGAAACAUGUUCAUAAAAAAAGAAUGAAUAAAAAACUGUGUGAUCUUUUAUCUGCAGACCAGGCAAUUAUUGUAUUUAUUGAUUGAUCUGUUUAUUUAUUAAAAAGAAAUCUAGUGUUUUGCUCGUGACGAAUUUAGUUACCCAAUUGGUAAACUAAUCAAUACGUAAAUCUGACAUUGUGAUAAAUCUAACAGGAUUAAACAAAAGUAAGACUCCUGAGGAUUUAAAAGCCAAUUUCAAAUUUGAGGCAAAAAAGCAGAACUAGAGAAAUUCCCCAAGUCAGCUGUGCUUCCAGUUUGGCUCUAAAUUUGAAAUUCACUUUGAAUUUCCUAAAAACUCUCACUUUAGUGGAUAAUCUAGUCAUUUAAUUUCUUUACUCGGAAUGUAUUUAACCCACAAGUAACUCUAAACAUUCUGCUUUAAUAACUGUUUUAUGUAAAGGAACCCCCCCCGGGACCACCAUAACAAGUUAAUUGUAUUGACGUUAUUAUGAUGCAAGGAGUUCCCCGGAUAGUGGAUUACCUUAAGGGGUUAAACAGUUAAUAAAUACAUAGUAUUGUGUUCAAAUAUAUUUUCAGAUUCCUGUGUAAAACAUUUUUAUAAUUCAUCCAUUUUCCCUUGAUUCCCUUUCCUAAUGGUCCUUAUAACCUCACAUUGAAUUAUGCCUUUCACCAUUAUAAUAUAAUUUAUUUAUAAAAUAUUUUACCAGGUAAGAUACAUUGAGAUUUCUCUCGUUUUCCUAAGUAUGAAACCGUUCACAGCACUAAAGCAUAGUACCACAUGGCAUGCAACAUUAUUACACCCAUUGUGGCUCCAUAAUGCUUGUUUAUAUAUAUAUAUAUAUAUUUUUUUUUUUUUACUUUCUCAUUGUUAUUAUUUUAUUUACAUUUUAAUUUAAAGUCUCCCUAUAACGCUACCUCCUCCAAUAAAUCUUACUACUCAUUAUAAACUACUCAUUUACUAACAGUGUCAUUGUGACUCGUAGGACAUCAUGGGAGAUAUAGCCCACAACGUUGGCGAUGACUACCUACCGCUGCCAGUAUUUUCAAACUCAGCACAUGCCUUUAUGUUAAAUUAUUCCUUUUAUUUUUACAAUAGCCUGUUAAACUAGCCUGAGACGUUUGUAACAAGUUGGUUAAGCACAUAAAGAGCAAGAGGCAGAUGUUUUUCCUUUUAUAAAACAGAGGAAUUUUCAGUCUGCUCUGACCUGACCCAGUUACGAAACUGCGGCACUGUGUAACUCUCGCAAUACCUUCAUGAUCAGUGCUUACACGGCAUGUGGGGGCCAAGCUCUGCAGGCCAUGUGCCCUGCAGGGCACAGAAAUAAAACCCCUUAAUCAGCACUUUUACUUACCAAAACAUCCAAUAAUCAAUGGAAUGUAAUAAUGGAAGAAGCUAGUCAGGACAGGACAUGUGUGCAAAUGAGUUUUGCUUCUCUGUAUGGCCUAAGGGGGUAAACUAUACUAGAUUUUACAUUGGAAUGCCAAACACAGGCUUGUUAGAAUCUCUCUUCAACAUCCCUCAUUCCGCCUGUUACUGUCUCAAAAGCAAUUAGUCUCUUUUCUUUGUACACCACAGAAUAUUAUGUGGGUGCACUUCCUGUCCCUUACAUUUAAAUUUCUCUUUUCGAUAUUUCCACUUCUUUUUCUUAUAAAUCUACCAGACUUUAUAGCGAAUAUAUCUCUUCUUAAUUAUUCACUGAAUAAAAUGUUUCAGCUUGUGUCCUAUUUAACUCCUCUCAUUGCUCCAUUAACCCGCUGUAACUGGCCAAGUCAUUUCUGUGUAGAACACAUACUUUAAGUGCAAAAUGGCUGGUUACAGUGUCUUGAUACGUAUGAUGGGAAUUGCUCAGUAACAAAAUUUCAUGCAUUGUACAACUCUCUCUGCAACACCAAUUUCCUAUUUUUAGUUUGCGCCCACCCCAUAUAACACCAAUCAGCCAUUCCCAGCGUGCUCUCUCUUCAUAUAACACCAACCAUUCAUUUGCAAUAUUCUUACUCUAUCUAUAAAACAAAUUAAAAACAUGUCCAUUUCUUAUACAAACUCUUUUCUGUUUAUUUUGAUGUAUUCUUCAUUGCACUUAUCUACGAUAUCUUCUUGUUUUUUUUUGUCAUCAAUGUGUCAAUGCAUAAAUUAAACCACAUUUCAUUACCAAUAUGUGCCUCUCCCUUUUAAAAUAAGUCAAAUAUUUUAAUACUCUCAGCUCAACAGACCUUUUUUUUCCUUUAACACCAAUUAUUUUUUUACCAUAUUCUACAUCUUUCCAUAACACCAAUAAUCUGUUUGUGAUUGUGUACUAAAGAAAUAUGUUUUAUAUGCACUGUCAAGAUGUCAAUGAUAGUUAAACUCACCACAGUUAUUUGUCAUCAUUAGUUGCCCUUUCCCCUUGAAAUAUAAAUAUUCUAAUUUCCAUUUCACGUGUCUUUUUUUUUUUUCAGUGGCCUUAUCAAAGAUACUAUGGAGGAGCUGAGCAAUUAUGCUAGUGAUAUAAAGAGCAACGUUGGCCCCAUGGCUCAGGAUGCGCAAGAAAAAUUCACUGAAGAAAUUUCUGCCCUGGCAGAUAAGCUGAAAUCAGACAUGGAAGACACAAAGACCAGGGCAAUUCAGUACUCGGGAGACUUGCGCAUGAUGUUUGACCAAAACAUUGAAGAUGUCCAAGGGAAAAUGAGCAUGUACAUGAAAAAGCUGAAGAAACGUCUUAGCAAGGACACUGAGGAUCUGAAGAAGAAACUUAGCCAGUAUGGGGAUGAUAUCCGCGGCAACACUGAAAAAAAAGUAGAGAGCCUCCGAAAAGCAGUCGAGCCUUAUGUAACCAACCUCAAGGAAAAAGGAGAGCAACGUCUCCAAUCUCUGAAGGAUGCCAUGGAUGAGCAAGGGAAAGCACUCAGAGAUAGGUUUGCCUCUGUGGCCAAAGAUGUUCAAAAUAAAGUGAAGAAGAUGGCCUCUGAUGUCAAAUCCAGUGUGGACAAGUUAUCGGAUCAGGUAAAAAAAUGGUUUAACCCCUCCGUAGAAAGCCUCCGCAACUCAUUGCAAAACUUGGCCAAGAGCUUACAGCCUAAGUAAAGAUCAGACAAUUCUAUGUAUAAUUUCAACUUCAACAAGAAACAUGGUAUCCACCACCAAGAAUCUGCAGCUAAAGGUGGUUCAGUAAUGUUGGGAUUUUCCAUAUUUAGCAUGUCAAUAUACAAGUUUGAUUUUAUGUCAGAUAACACGCUUGACUUGAUUAGCCUCAUAUUAUGGAUACUAUGGAGGGGCACAGCAAACUGAUGACAAGUAUUUGAAGGUCAAAUUCACGGUUCUGGACUGGUCAUCAAACUCAUCUUUGAUGUGAAUGUGUCAAACUCUAAAGCCACUGAUGACCUGAAGAGUAAGAUCAACUUUACAGCUGAGAAAUGCCAUAAAGCUCAGUUUAAGUGUGAGGAAUCAAUCUCCAAAGUUAUUAGAUUAUGGGGCAAACAUUGAUGCCAUGUGUAACAACUCUAUUCAGUCAUAUGUUACACACAUACUCAAACAAAGUACCUUAAUAGAAGCCUUAAGUCAAAAACACAAGAACUUACAAGUUCAAUACACAACCCUCAAAAAUAAUUUUUUUUUGCUGUGGAUAGUAAUUAUGUAAGAAAAUAUAGCCUAGGGACAAGCAGUGAACACAUUCCUUACCUUCAAGGUAUCAUUUGAAGAAACAGCUGGGACCUUCAAUGACAAAGUGGACGUGUAAGACUAAUUACUGUCCUACAUACCCAACUUGUGAUUUUACUAAAUAACCCAUCUCUAAUUUGUAACACGAACUAUAUAGCUUAUUCUUCAUCUCGCAUACAUAAAGAAUAUUGCCUUUGACAUUUUCUCUACAUACCACAUGUUCCAUAAAUAUAUAUUUGUUUAUUUUCUUAUGUUUAUUUUUCUAUAUCUGCUUAACUAUGUAGCAUUAAAUGCCGAAUGUCUCAUUUUUGUCUGGGUGCUGUUAAACAUAUUAUUGGCUAAUGCAAUGUCAUUUUUGUUUAAUGAAAAUAAAAGGUUGAUCUUCUCUCCAACAUGGUAGAAUUUGUUUUUUUUUUAAGGGGAUAUGACAGAAAUGCACAAAAAUUUUACAUGAAUAUCAGGAGUAUCUAAAAUGUUCUUAG